CAAAAAAAGACGGAAGUUUCCUCCCGGCCGCCGUACUGUAGGUUACGCGUCUAAAAAAGUAAACAGUAGGUUUAAUGACUGUUCUGGACAUGCGUGUUUCUGUUAUGUGAAAUUUUCCUUCUUGAAAUACACCAGAAAGGCUGAGUUUAUUACUGAUUCGGUUCUAAACCCGAGUAGAAAAGCGCCCUGGUCCCGCUACAGGUCAUUUACAGCCUCGUGAACGCAGCUAACUGCUAGCCGGCUAGCUGCACGAGACAAAGACUGCAGAUUCAGAUGGACGUGGUGUGUUUCCGGCUGCCUGGCCACAGCGACGCCGCGCUGAGGAAUAUGAACUUUUUGCGGGAGCAUCGGCACUUCUGCGACAUCACCAUCAUGGCCGGAGGCAAGCAGAUGUUCCGGGGUCACAAAGUGGUGCUGGCUGCCGGCUCGGCCUUCCUCAGGGACCAGUUUUUACUGAACCCUUCUGCGGAGCUGCAGCACGUGUCAGUGCUUCACAGCUCCACCGUGAUCCGCGAGCUGCUGCAGUCCUGCUACACAGGCAUCCUGCAGUUCAGUGCCAAAGAGAUCGUAAAUUACCUAACGGCCGCCAGCUACCUCCAGAUGGAGCACGUGGUGGAGAAGUGCCGAGUGGCCCUGAGUCAGUACCUGCAGUCGAAGAGCAGUUCAGGGUCUGUAAAAACAGAAGAGUCCCAGGUUAUAGCGGCGAUUGUCAGCGGAAGCACGCGUUCUCUGGACGAUAUGUCGCCUCCUGCUGAACGCGCCUCGUCGCUGCAGCCUCACAGCUCGGAGGGGGAGCCGCAGGUCUCCGGAGUCGAACAUGCCGGCGUUCAGCACAAAGACGAGGUGGAUUUGUCCGUGCCGCGGCUUCGAACCUCAGAGCACUCCGGAGUCAUCGAGGACGAAGAGAGCAAGAACGACUUCAUGUUCGACGUUCGGAUCAGGGAAGAGCACCACCACGGCGCACAGGACAACCCAGGGGUCCACGAGGACGUCGGAGACGGAGCGGACAUGUUAGCCGUAAGCCAGGUCUCGCAUCUCCACGCGGAGGAUCUGGGCAGGGACGAGGUCGGGAUGCCAGGCAGUAGCCCGAGAGGUGGAGUACGUAUCUGGAGGCGGAGAUUCGGGGAGCCUAGGGGCAGCCGUGGGCGGGGCUUCAAGCACAGGAAGCGCUACACUUACCGCGAACGCAGGCCUUUGGGGAAUUUUCAGCAGGCUUGGCGCUUCCCCACCUCCGAAGAGAUCAUGGGGAGUUUCGGGGCAGGGAUCGGACAAGACUACUUGGCUCUCGGGGAGGGUCCGAUGCGGGUGGAUUACCAGCCUUCGGAAUGCCAAGAAGACACGGCGGGUUCAGACAGCGGCCCUGGGCACUUUAUAAUGGAUGGCACCAGCCCCGAAGACAACGUAGGAGUCGUAUCUUUGGCCACUAACGGAGAGGACGGAGGCGAGGACUCCGUGGCGGUGGUGGGCUCCACGUCGUGCGUGACGGGCUCUGUGGCGUGCGAGCAGUGCGGCCUGGCGUUUUCAUCUGUCGACGAUUUAGCCGUGCACUCGCGCUCCACCCACUUGCUGUACGUGUGCCCGUGCUGCGGCAAACACUUCAGCCAGACGAGCAACCUGAACCGCCACAUGGCUGUCCACCGCUCGGCCAAGCUCCACAGCUGCCCGCUGUGCCACAAGACCUUCACGCAAAAGUCCACACUCUCCGACCACAUGAACAUGCACAGCGGACAGCGGCCCCACGUCUGCGCCUUCUGCCGCAUCUGCUUCGCACACAAACCCGCUCUCCGGCGCCACCUAAAGGAGCAGCACGGCAAGACCACCGCCCAGAACUACCUGGAGAUCCAGAGGGAGUGCGAGGAACCGGCUAUAGGAGGAGGAGUUUAAGAGGAUUUCAGCAGAAAUCAAACGUAGCAUUGCAGAUGUGUAUAGGGGACAGUUUGAGAGAGAGGAGUUAGGGCCAGAGUCUGACGACGCCGUCUGUUCGAUCUCAGGCAGCUCGCAUUGAGGAGAGGAAACGUAUUUUAGAGGUUUUCAUUUUCCAUUUUAUUAUAUAGUCUCCUUUUUUUAUACACUAGAACUAACAGGUUCAUUGAACGAACGAGUCCCGGGUCCUUCAACCUUUAUUUUAUUCUGGUUGAAACCUCUGGAUCGAGUCUGUCUCACUAUAAACUAUAUUAUAGUGACUGCUGUUUUUUGUGUUUGAGCACAAAAAAAGAAAUUAAUUACUCAGUAUUAUAACUAGUUUGCCACAGCAAAUCACGUUUAUAAAGUUUAAUUUAAACUUUAUACCUCCAACAUAUAGGAGGAACAUCAGGCCUCAUUUUUAAGGCUGGAUAUGAAAAAAUAAAAAAGACGAUUUGGGGGGAAAAAAAUAGAGAAAGACAUUAAACUAAAGCAUUUGUGUGUAUUUUUCCGUAUUUUAUUUUAGUAUUAUUUAUCUUUCUUACUUAUCCAUAUUCUCACUACAUGUAAUAGGGUCUAUAUAGCAGUUAAAUAUCCAAUAGAAAUUUGUAUAUCACCAGAUGCACCUUCAGUAUUCCUUCAGUAUUCCCUCAGUAUUCCCUCACUCCGGUUUACAAAUCUAAGCUCAAAGCCCAGGUUUUAAUGCGAAAUCGUUGGAAAACUGCUUUAAAAAAAACAUAAUUACAUUCAUUACAUACGGCUCCAGAGCUGAACCCGGGAAGAACGAACGUCUCAUUUGUGUUCGACACAUCCAGAGACACGAGGAGCCCGGAAAUCCCGAAGUCAGAGCCUGGCCUUAAAUCCGAAUAGUCUGAUUAGUUACGUUGACGGCUCACACGCCAAAGUCUCGUUUCGUUUCGAUAACGAGGACUUGGUUCUUGAGACCCGAAGACAUCCGUUGUCCGUGCCUCAUUAAUAAAUUAGCAUCUGAACACUGUGCUGACGGAACUGCGUUGCGGAGAAUAAAAAAAACUAAUUUGUCUGUAUGUGUAAUCAAGUAAAUAGCCUGUGACUAGUCGAAUAAACUAGUUAGCAAAGUAACGUUGUAAUCGAGUGUAACGUUUCAUGUUGUGUCUUUAACUACGGUAUGUUGUCAUGUACAAUCAAUUAAAAGAAAACGGGCUUUAACGGA